AUGCUGUCAAGAUACGGAAGCCAAAACCGUGGAAGCAUUCGACCGAAAUAACAAAGGAUCAACUUCUAAACAUGCGUGAAGAAUUUUGGGACACUGCCCCACACUAUGGUGGGCAGAAAGAAAUCUGGAAUGCUCUCCAGGCUGCAACUGAGGCAACGGAUAUUACCCUUGCGCGAACUAUUGUGAACAGUGCUGGCAUUAUUGUCCACUCCCCUGACAUGACGAUAUGCUAUGAUGAGAGAGGUGCCAAGUAUGAGUUACCGAAGUACGUUUUGAGUGAACCAACGAACUUGAAAGGUGAAAAGACAUAGCUGAAGAAGAGAGAUAAGUUUGGUGAUGCUUGAGGUGGUGUAUGCGCGUGUGUGUAUGUAAAAAUGGAAUGUAGUCCUGUAAUUCGUUUUUGGUGUUUCUGAUGUUAUCAACUAUGAUUUGAAUAUAGCAAUUCUACUUUUGUGUAAUGUUUGAUGGUAGUAUCUGGUGGCUACACCAACCCAUAUCUUGCCCAAUAUACUUGAUGAAAAAGAAAAUGAUAUUAGUACCAACUAUGUGCACCAACUUUUUGAAUACAUGGGUUGGACUGUGUUGGACGAUUGUCCCUGAAGAAAUACUUAAAACUUUGAGAAAGUGUUUCAAUUAAUGUUUGUGUAAUUUGUGUACCACUCG